CGUAGGAACGAACAAAGCAAAACGUUUUUCUUUGUCCUGCCGAGCUGAAAAAGGACAGGAGCGUGAGAAGCGGGGGAAACCCGAAAACUGAGCAAACGAACAGUGGGCGGAGACGUAGCUCAGAAACUAGGUUCCCUCAAGUCAAACAACUCUUCCUCCCUCGAGUCUUCAAAAUCACUGACUCCCCUCGUCGUCUCCUUCAUUUCCUUUCUCCGCCCUCUCCAUCCCUCUGUCGCUUUGCCUCCUCUUCUCAAUCCCGAAGCGAUGGUGGCUCCGAUGAAGAUCAUAUUCGGCCUCAUCACUUUCGUCACCGUCGGGAUGAUAAUCGGUGCUUUAUGCCAGUUAUCAUUUAUAUGGAAGCUGGAAGACACAAAUGGAAUUCCUCAUUGGUAUAAUUUUAAAGAAGCAGAGACCCUAAGGCUUGGACAUGUCCAACCUGAAAUCAUUAGCUGGUCACCAAGAAUUAUCGUAUUGCAUAAUUUUUUGAGCAUGGAGGAAUGUGACUAUCUUCGGGCCUUAGCCAAACCCCGCCUUCAGGUAUCAACUGUGGUAGAUGCAAGAACUGGAAAGGGUGUAAAGAGUAGUGUGAGGACAAGCUCUGGAAUGUUUCUCAGUUCCUCAGACAGAAAGUACGGUUUGGUGCAGGCUAUUGAGAAAAGAAUUGCCGUCUUCUCUCAAGUUCCUUCUGAGAAUGGUGAGCUUAUCCAAGUAUUGAGGUGGGUAUCUGACUUGUUUACAUUUGAGGAAUUAUUGACAUAAGGGAAGACUAUCGUCAUAGUCAUGCCUAGGCUGACAUCUGCAGCAGCGCAGGUACGAGAAGGGGCAGUAUUACAAGGCUCAUCAUGACUACUUUUCUGAUGCUUUUAACCUUAAACGUGGCGGCCAGCGAGUAGCAACAAUGUUGAUGUACUUGAGUGACAAUGUCGACGGCGGAGAAACAUAUUUCCCUAUGGCUGGAUCAGGCGAGUGCACUUGCGGUGGGAAGCGGAUGCAAGGUCUGUCCGUAAAGCCAAUCAAAGGAGACGCAGUGCUCUUUUGGAGCAUGGGGUUGGAUGGACAGUCGGAUCCAAAGAGCACACAUGGAGGAUGCGAGGUUCUCUCUGGGGAGAAGUGGUCAGCCACGAAAUGGAUGCGGCAAAAACAAUUCUCCUAACUGCUCUUCUUCUGCAACUCACCCCUCAUUUAACAGGUCAAUACUGGGAAGGUACAUCACAUUUCUCUUAGAGGUUGAUUGGUCAGCCAUUAUACAGCAUAUGGACGCAGAAAUUAGCGAAAAGGAGAGAAUAGAAGAGAGAAGUAGAGAGCAUAAUUUACGUUUGGAGAAUGUGUAACCUUGAUGUUGUGCUUUAGCUGCAUUGCUAAUUAAAUCUUCAUUACGUCUAAAUUGAUCCUCAAGUUUCAUUUUGCUACGUGACGAGCUCUUGUGUCGUAGGUUAGCCGAAAAAAUGAAUGGAGCUCGAUGGAAUGACCAUUUAGUUAGUGCAACGACAGGUUAUUGUCUUGCUUAACAUCAAGUGCAUGUGAAAUUUUUGUUAGUGAUUCCAAAUGCGA